UUUGUUUGUUUGGGUAAACAGUGCCAGCGGCAGCAGCCAUGAUGGAUGCGGCGGAGUGCGGGGUGAGGGUGAUGUGCCGCUUCAGGCCGCUCAACGAGGCCGAAAUCAACAGAGGAGACAAAUACAUCCCAAAAUUCAAAGAAGACGACACGGUGGUCAUAACGAGUAAACCGUACGUGUUCGACCGCGUGCUGCCUCCCAACACGUCGCAGGAGCAAGUGUACGACCAGUGUGCCAAACAGAUAGUUAAAGAUGUGCUCGGCGGUUACAACGGGACCAUCUUCGCCUACGGACAGACGUCCUCUGGGAAGACACACACCAUGGAGGGGAAACUGCACGACCCUCAGCUGAUGGGAAUCAUCCCUCGCAUCGCCCGCGACAUCUUUGACCACAUCUACUCCAUGGACGAGAACCUCGAGUUUCACAUCAAGGUUUCCUAUUUUGAAAUCUACUUGGACAAGAUCAGAGACCUGCUGGACGUGUCGAAGACGAACCUCGCCGUGCAUGAAGACAAAAACAGAGUGCCGUAUGUCAAGGGUUGCACUGAGCGUUUCGUGUCCAGUCCGGAGGAGGUGAUGGACGUCAUAGAUGAGGGCAAAAACAACCGGCACGUGGCCGUGACCAACAUGAACGAGCACAGCUCUCGCAGCCACAGCAUCUUCCUCAUCAACAUCAAGCAGGAAAACAUCGAGACGGAGAAGAAGCUGUCGGGGAAGCUCUACCUGGUCGACCUGGCGGGCAGCGAGAAGGUCAGUAAGACGGGAGCUGAGGGCGCCGUGCUGGACGAGGCGAAGAACAUCAACAAAUCUCUGUCAGCGCUGGGAAACGUCAUUUCAGCGCUGGCCGAGGGAACGAAAUCCCACGUGCCGUACAGAGACAGCAAGAUGACUCGGAUCCUGCAGGACUCUCUGGGGGGAAACUGUCGCACCACCAUCAUCAUCUGCUGCUCGCCGUCCAUCUACAACGAGGCCGAGACCAAGUCCACGCUCAUGUUCGGACAAAGAGCGAAGAAGACCAUCAAGAACACGGUGUCGGUGAACCUGGAGCUGACGGCCGAGGAGUGGAAGAAGAAGUACGAGAAGGAGAAAGAGAAGAACAAGAGCCUGAAAAACGUCAUCCAGCGACUGGAGGCCGAACUCAGCCGCUGGAGGAACGGUGAGAACGUGCCUGAGGAGGAGCAGCUGAGCUCCAAAGAUCAGAAGAGCGUCGAGCCGAACGACAACACUCCCAUCAUCGACAACCAGCUGCCGGCCGGAGGAGGCGUCGCCGUCUCCGGCGACGAGCGAAACAAAUACGAGGAGGACAUCAGCAACCUCUACAAACAGCUGGACGACAAGGACGAUGAGAUCAACCAACACAGUCAGCUGGCUGAGAAACUCAAGGAGCAGAUGAUGGACCAGGAGGAGCUGCUGGCGUCGACGCGGCGCGACUACGAGAAGAUCCAGGAGGAGCUGUGCCGGCUGCAGACGGAGAACGAGCUGGCCAAGGAGGAGGUGAAGGAGGUGCUGCAGGCGCUGGAGGAGCUGGCCGUCAACUACGACCAGAAGAGCCAAGAGGUGGAGGAGCGAGAUCAAACCAACCUGCAGCUGGCCGAGGAGCUGCAGCACAAGACGGCGCUGCUGUCGGCCGUGCAGAGGGAGCUGGGUCAGCUGCAGGAGCUGAACGGCCUGCAGAGGAAGAGAGCCGCCGAGGUCCUCAACCUGCUGCUGCGGGACCUCAGCGACAUCGGCGCCAUCAUCGGCACCAGCGACGUGAAGACAGCUUCGUCCUCGGAGUCGAAGGGGAACGGCUCGGCGGUGGAGGAGGAGUUCACCGUGGCUCGUCUCUACAUCAGCAAGAUGAAGUCAGAGGUCAAGUCUCUCGUUAACCGCAGCAAGCAGCUGGAGAGCGCUCAGGCCGACGCCCACCGCAAGAUCCAGGCCAAUGAGAAGGAGCUGGCGUCCUGUCAGCUUCUCAUCUCUCAGCACCAGGCCAAGAUCAAGUCUCUGACCGACUACAUGCAGAACAUGGAGCAGAAGAAGAGGCAGCUGGAGGAGAGUCAGGACGCUCUGACGGAGGAGCUCGCCAGACUGCAGGCUCAAGAGAAAAGACACGAGAUGUUGGGGGAGAAGGAGGACAUCAGCAGACUGGAAGGAGACGAGGACAUCAAGCUGGAGAACCACAGGGAGGCCCAUCAGAAGCAGCUCAGCCGCCUCCGAGACGAGAUCGAAGACAAGCAGAGGAUGCUGGACGAACUCACAGAUUUGAACCAGGGCCUGUUACUGGAGCAAGAAAGACUCAUUUCAGACUACGACAAACUGAAGGCUGAAGAACAGGAGAAGGAUACAAAGCUGCAGAAACUCAUACUGCUGAACGAACAGAGGGAGCAUGCCAAAGACGACUUAAAGGGCCUGGAAGAAACUGUGGCCAAAGAGCUGCAGACUCUGCACAACUUGCGCAAACUCUUUGUGCAGGACCUCACCACGCGUGUGAAGAAGAGCGCAGAACUGGACUGCGAGGAGGGACUUGGCAACGUGGCUCAGAAACAGAAGAUCUCCUUCCUGGAAAACAAUUUGGAACAGCUCACUAAAGUCCACAAACAGCUGGUCCGAGACAACGCAGACCUUCGCUGUGAGCUGCCGAAGCUGGAGAAGCGUCUCCGGGCCACGGCUGAACGCGUCAAAGCCCUGGAGAACGCCCUGAAGGAGGCCAAGGAGAACGCCAUGAGGGACCGCAAGCGCUACCAGCAGGAGGUGGACCGCAUCAAAGAGGCCGUUCGGGCCAAAAACAUGGCCAGACGGGGGUUUUCUGCACAGAUCGCUAAGCCCGUCCGACCAGGCCAUCACCCACUGUCAUCCCCCAUCAGCAGCUCCAUCAGAGCUGGAGGUGUCUACACCCACAACUGACCCCAAAACAGCAAGUUAACAUACAGACCAUCCGACGCAUGCUCACCGUCCCACCUGGUACCACAAGCCCCGCCCCUCCCGCUGGAGCACCAAUGGGAGGCCAUCACGACAGACUGUCACCGCUCAGAGAAGCAAACAUCCGUCCUGUACAUACUGACAUGAGAUGCAUUUAAUUUGCUGAAUGUACAAAUCAGAGGCCUCAUUUACAAAAUGUCCCACUUGAUGUCCAAAAAAAUGAUUUUACGAAGAAAAAAAAACCAAUUCAAACCAACUUUAUUUGAUUCUUCUCGUUUUAUUUAAACAAGUGUACAAUUUGUGAAUGAGGCCCUGAGUUUCUAUUUGAAGGAUUGAGACACUAUUUAGAAGUUUUGCAGGUAACCUGUUGCAUAAUUUUGAUGACGAUCGUGACUAUAAUUUUGUAGGGCUUUCCGGAGAGGCAGAUCUUAAGGGUUAUAAUUUCAAUUUAAACCAGCAUUUACUCAGUUCAAGGAAUUAAUUGACAUUUUUUUGAGAAACACGCAUGUUUGAGUUUUUGCUGAGAGUUAAAUGAGAAUAUUUAACAGCAAGUCUUGUGUCCUUUCUAUCAUUGUGAAGCCACGUGUAUGCGAGCAGUAUCAUUUUCUCAUGUAACUCUCUGCAAAAGUGCCAAAAUGUCAAACCGUUAAUGCCGUUGCAGCUGACGCCUUUGAGUUUCACACCUAAAGUCGAAGGUUACAGCUCGAGAUGUAUUUAAGGUGGAAAUGAAUUCAGCCACUUUGUGCAGAAACAUACAAAAAUAUUGUUUGCAUUUCUAUACUAAUACCUGUGGUAGUACUUUGUGCUGUCUUUGGAGUUUUUGUCCCCUUUUAUUUUUUUGUCUCCCCACAGCUGACAAUCAUCAAAAAAAUCAAACACUAACUUAAAAAAGUGUGCUCCCUGCUGAUAUGUAUAAGUAAGACGCCAAAUUAAAAAUGUUAAAGGACGCUGCUGUGAAGUGACUGAGUGUUUCUGGAGUCCUGCAGGGACACUGACCGGCCAAUCAGGCGUCCCCAGGACUCACAACACUUUGGUCCGGUUUGUUGUUCUGCAGCAAUAAAUUAAAAGCUCCUUUUAAAUCUUUAAUUUUUCUGCACAAAGAGUGAAGCUCCUGAUCAGCCAAUCAGAGAAUUUAAAGGGUAAGUUUGGUAUUUUUGAAUCAAGAUCCUGUUUUCACGUGUUUUUGUGCCUGAGUGACUCUUGGGGACAAGAUUUGUUUUGAGCGAUACAAAAUGGGCUGCACUGUCAAUUUCCCUCCAUUAAAAGCUCUAUUUUUGCCACUGACAGGCUCACAGUGUUAUUAUAAGUGUCUGUCUGUCUUUUAAACCACAGUCAGAUUAAAAAUUGCGAUUGCCAAAACAACCAGACUUCAUUUAAAUAAACACUAAUUUUACCCUCAUAAAAACAAUCUACUUUCAAAGCCAAAAGAGACUAAAUAAAACUGAUAAAAGCUGUCUCUGUUUGCAUUUCACUGUUUUAACUAUCACCAGCUCUGGUUUGGGUAAAAUAAACCUGUAAGUCACUGAAUUGGAGGUGAAAAUAUGCUGGCUUUUUAUACAUUAAAAUGACUGUUAAUUUAAAUGGAGUCUGGUAGGUUUGGUAAAAGCUAUUUCGGGGAAGUUUCUGCUUAAACAAAACUGUCCUGCAAUAGACUUACAAUAACAAUUUGAGCUGUCAGGCAGAAAAAACAAGCACUUCUAGAUUAAAUACAGCAGACGGUUAAAUUGCAGGCUGUUUCUCUGCUGCAGUCAAUACUAGACCAAUUUAAAAACAUAUAUAUUAUUCCCAACAGUCACUUUGACACAAAAACAUGCUAAAAGAGUCUGUUUAGAAAAAUAUGCAGCUUUUACAAACAGAUUAGGACCGAAUUUCCUCCUGAGCAAUCCUGUAAAAACAGCGUGCCUUUU